AUGUGUGCCAUGUAUUGCGUCCUCGCGAUUGUAACAUGCGGAUAUAACCAAACGACUCUGUUCACAACCGCAAGUUACCAACGCGGUAUAGGCGUAAAAAAGUUUCUAAAGGCCAUUUUCGCACAAGAUAAGACGAAAGAUAACAAUAAGCGGCCAGGCCCAAAAAAACAAUUUCCCGAAGAAUUCCUCGAGCGGCUUUCGCCCGCCCCCUGCCCGCCCGCUAAAAGGUGGCCCAUUUCGCACAAGCACAGACGGUUGAGGAGAACCCGUCGCCUUCACGGCGUGCUCGCCGACGUCAUGCAUCUCGCCGCGUCGCUGCGCCUCGCCAAGCACGACCUCCUGGACUUUUUGGACGAGUGCUGCCUCGGUGCGCUCCUUCCCGGGAGCGAGCAGGAGCGCCUCGUCGCCGAGCCUUGCCUCGGCGAGGGCGGCGCUCUCUAUCCUCGGCCAAUGGAGGAGUACCGCUCGCUCAUGCCGCCACGCGUCCUCUCUCGCCUCUGCGAUCUCGUCACUGCGGCGCGAGCCGCCGGCGCCGUUUCUCUCGGCGUCGUCGUCCUCUGGUCCCGCUGGUGCCGCACCUCGCCCACCGACGCGCACUACGGCGCCCUCGACGAGUACUUUGGCCCAUGGGGCGUCGCGUCGCACGACAACCCGCUCUACCUCGCAUCGGACAAGGGACGCGCCAUCAUGCACGAGCUUGCUCCUCCGAGAGGUCGCGCGUCAUCGACUCGCACGCCUUCGACGCCUUCGCGGCGAGGCGGCCAGACGGGCGCUCCGUGCUGCGGGCAGAACUCGACGCGCACGGCGUCGACACGCUCCUGCUGGCGGGCUGCUGGACAGAGUCGUGCGUCCUCUCCACCGCGGUCCGGGCGGUGGCAGAGGACCUCAACGUGGCGGUGGCGUCCGACGCCGUCUUCACGUGCGCGGACGCCGGGCCGGCGGCGCUGCGCGUUCUCGGCGUGUACUGCUGCAUGGUUCGCGCCGCAGAGAUGUCGGCGUAUCUGCGAGACCUUGCCUCGGCUGGGACUCUGGCGGAGGCUGACGCGACGGCAGUCGAGCGGACGGCAGCGCUGCCAGUGGCGUUGGCGCAGCCUCUGCCUCCUGCCAGCGCUGAGGCCACGUGAUCUCGUCUUCUCGUGUUCCCCUCGCACUUGCCACUUGUUUUUAUACUCCACCGCAUCG